GGUUUAAAGUCUGUACCGGAGGCUGCUGCAUCUCGAAGUGAGAAGGUUGGGUGGGUUCCAGGCUCCGGCGCAGGCGCAGAGAAGUUCCAAGUCGCGAGACAAAGGGUGACGCUGAGAGCCGUCGAGAUGGCGGCGGAGCCGGAGAGUGCGGGUCCGCCGAGCCCAGCGCCUCCGGAGAAUGAAGCAGCUUCGCCGGUGAAACUAGAGGAGCCUGCCGCCAGCGGAGAUUUCCCAAAGGCCCCGGCCUCGCUCCCUGGCCCUGUGGCCCCCGAGGCCUCUCCCCGCGUCCCUGCGGCCUCUCCUCCGGCUCCCGGCCCCGCGGCUCCCGCCGCCUCGCCCCCAUCCCCAGUUCCGUUCCCCGCCGUCCUCGAGGCCUCUCCCCUUGCCCCUAGCCCCGCGGGGUCCCGGCCUGGUCCGGAGACGUUCCGCCAGCGCUUCCGGCAGUUCCGCUACCACGAGGCAGCUGGGCCACGCGAGGCAUUCCGCCAGCUCCGCGAACUCUCCCGCCAGUGGCUGCGGCCCGAGGUCCGGACCAAGGAGCAGAUCGUGGAAAUGCUGGUGCAGGAGCAGCUCAUGGCCAUCCUGCCCGAGGAGGCUCGGGCCCGCCGGCGAGGCCGCCGUGGCGAUGUCCGCAUCACGGGCUGACCAAGGCCGCCCGAGGCCCCCCUGGCUGGCGAGCGAGGAGCGGCUGCCUGCCGCGGGGAGGAGAGGAGGCGGCGAUAAUGGUGAUUCCCCGGGCCAAAUCGGCGUUUACACUGCCGAGCUGUUGUCCCAGAAGCUUUCCCCUCAUCAAGGGGGCAACGGAGCUACCGUUGUCUUGCCCGUGUCCGCACCCACACCGCAUUAAUGAAACCUGAUUUUUGGCAA